UCUAUAUUGUAGACAGACUAUGGAUUUUCUAAUAUUUCUAACGCUCUCAGUCGUAGUCAGUGCUGAGACUAGCAAGGAAAGUUGUAAAGAUAUGCUGCAAGGCUAUUUGACGGGGCAACUGUCGUCUGCUCUAGGAGCAUACCAAGUAGAGGCUUUGAGGCGGGAGUUCGAAAGCUUCUCUAUUGAAGUUAAGAAAGCCUUAAAGGAGGUUAAAGAAAAACAAGUGGCUGAUAUGCAACUGAUUCAAGAAGUCCAAAACAGUAGUAUCGUUUACGUUAGAUGGGGGAAAAAGACAUGUCCUUCAAAUGCUGAACAGGUUUUAUCGGGUUACGUUGGUGGAUCAUGGUACACGCACACAGGCGCAGCGGUUCAUCCACUUUGCCUACCAAAAAAUCCUGAGUGGGGUAUUUACAGAGAUGGAACCGACGGAGGGAAAGCGUACAUCUUUGGCGGGGAGUACGAGACGAACACAGUCCCAUCCUACAUGAAGACACUUUAUCAGCAUGAUGUCCCAUGCGUUGUUUGUUUAGUUCGCAGGCGAUCUGUUGUGCAAAUGUUUCCCGCAAGAAAAUCGUGCUACACAGGAUGGAAGCUGGAGUACCAUGGAUACCUCAUGGCUGGUUAUCAUGGUUAUAAAGCUGGAUUUACCUACACUUGUGUCGACAGUCAUCCAGACACCGUGCAUGGAGGCCAUGCUAAUAAAAAUGGAUAUCUAUUUUAUCCAGUAGAGGCUAGGUGUGGUACACUGAAGUGCCCACCAUAUGUCGAGGGACGAGAAGUCACGAUGGUGUUUCAAAUAUUGCUGGUCUUCUGUGUCGUAGUCUAUGUUGAGACUAACAAAGAAAGUUGUAAAGACCUGCUACAGGAAAUCCAGAACAGUAGUAUCGUUUACACAAGAUGGGGGAAAAAGACAUGCCCUUCAAAUGCUGAACAGGUUAUCUCGGGUUAUGUCGGAGGGUCAUGGUAUGAUCACACUGGGGCUGCUGUAAAUCCACUUUGCCUACCAAAGAAUCCAGAGUGGGGAAUUUACAAGGAUGGAACAGAUGGAGACAAAGCGUACAUGUAUGGUGGAGAGUACCAGACAGACACAGUCCCAGCCUACAUGAAGACACUUUAUCAGCAUGAUGUCCCUUGUGUGGUUUGCUUGGUUCGUAAACGGUCCGUUGUUCAAAUGUUCCCAGCAAGAAAGACGUGCUACGCGGGAUGGAAGCUAGAGUAUCAAGGCUACCUAAUGGCUGGUUACCAUGGUUAUAAAGCCGGAUCUACCUACACCUGUGUGGACAGUCAUCCAGACACCGUGCAUGGAGGACAUGCUAAUAAAAAUGGAUAUCUAUUUUAUCCAGUUGAGGCUAGAUGUGGUACACUGAAGUGCCCACCAUACGUCGAGGGACGAGAAGUCGUUUGUGUUGUCUGUUCUAAAGAAUGAUAAAACUGCAAUUACAUUAAAAGCCUGAAGCAUUA